UCGCGCCGCUCCCCGCCGCGCGUCGCAUGCGCAGCGCCGACUCCGCCACGUUGCCACUGUCCGCUAACUAUUCGCAAUCGACCGACGUCUUGGUUGUUGGGACUUGGGUUAUAAUGACUUGACUUCUGCUAAAUGAACCCGUGGACUAGUAUAAGUUUUUCGCAGUGGCGUUUAUUUUAUUUUGGGCGACCGCCGAGACGAGUUUAACGAUAAAAACAUUAGCGUCGAGUGAGAGUUUUAUUAUAUUAUCUGUGCGUUGUGCUGCUGUGCGGCUGCGGCGGGCGGCACGAUGGAGAAGCAGUCGAGGUGGUCGGAGCAGCGCAAUGAGCAGCGCAGUGAGCAGCGCAGUGAGCAGCGCAGUGAGCAGCGAAGUGAGCAGCGACUGGUGCAGCAGCAGGAGCGCGUUCAGCGCACUGAGCACCACUACACACACCAAAUGCUCACGCAGCAACGAAUGGAGAGCGCCGGAGAUCGCAUCCCCAUAACUGGAGGCAGACCCGGAGAGCCAUCUCCGCCGAUUUUUGAACAAAUAUUUAAAAAUGCCAGAUUCGCUCAAGGUGGCAAUGCAAAGUUCGAAGGCAAACUACGAGGUAAUCCUACACCUGUAGUAUCUUGGACCAGAAAGAAGGCACCGCUAGUGGAAUGCAAUAAGUAUAGUAUGAAUUAUAACGAACAGACAGGAGAUGUCUCGUUGCUUAUCAAACAAAUUGGUCCCGGAGAUGAAGGCGAGUACACUUGUACUGCCCGGAAUCAAUAUGGCGAAGCAAUCUGCUCUGUAUACAUCCAACCAGAGGGCGUUCCAGUCCCAGCGCAUCAAGCUUCGCAGCAACAAAGUUAUCGCCAUGUCAGCGAGAGUGUCGAGCACAAGUCUUAUGGCACACAAGGGUACUCUUCAGGACAAUCCCAUCAGACUCAAAAAGUAGCUUACACAAAUGGAACGGACUUCUCCGCUAUCCAAGAUUUCAAAGUUGAUACAUUUGAGUAUAGAUUGUUAAGAGAAGUGUCAUUCAGAGAAUCGAUCACGCGGCGAUAUGUUGGAGAGAGUGAUAUUCAUAUUAAUACAGAAAUCGACAAAUCCCUAGGCGGAGUGUCACCACCAAAAAUAGGUCAAAAACCAAGGAAUUCAAAACUCCAAGUAGGAACUGAUGCUCAGUUCCAAGUACAACUAUCCGGCAAUCCACGGCCGAGAGUGACUUGGUUUAGAAAUGGUCAGAGAAUAACUAAUUCGAACAAACAUGAAAUAAUUACGACUAAUACUCACACAACACUUAGGGUGAGGAAUAUUCAAAAGUCUGAUGCAGGACACUACACUUUACUUGCUGAAAACCCUAACGGAUGCAUUGUCACGUCAGCGUACCUUGCGGUCGAAUCUCCCACAGAAACAUAUGCACAUGAUCAAAAAGCACAGUAUAUUAUUGAUAGUCAAAAAACUGCGACAGAAGAAAGUAUGGAAAUUACCGAAAAAGCUCUUGCUCCGCAAUUUGUAAGAGUCUGCCAAGACCGUGAUGUUACAGAAGGUAAGAUGACGCGAUUCGAUUGCCGCGUCACAGGCAGACCUUACCCAGAAGUCACGUGGUUCAUUAACGAUAGACAAAUACGAGACGAUUAUAAUCAUAAGAUAUUAGUGAAUGAAUCUGGAAAUCACGCUCUUAUGAUUACAAAUGUCGAUCUUAGUGAUAGUGGUGUAGUUACAUGUGUGGCGCGGAACAAAUCCGGCGAAACAUCUUUUCAAUGCAGGCUUAAUGUAAUUGAAAAAGAACAAGUAGUGGCGCCCAAAUUUGUGGAAAGAUUCACCACAUUGAAUGUUCGCGAGGGCGAGCCAGUCAUACUUAAAGCGCGAGCUGUCAGCACACCUACACCACGAAUCACUUGGCAGAAGGAUGGCGUAGCGAUUAUACCCAAUGCAGAGUUACGAAUUAAUACCGACGGUGGGGCCUCGACACUGGACAUUCCACGAGCUAAGGCGUCGGAUGCGGCAUGGUAUCAGUGUACAGCCCAGAACGUCGCAGGCUCCACCGCUACUCGGGCUAGGCUCUACGUUGAAGUACCGAAAGAGCCUCCGCCAGAGCAAAAACGCUUGCACUUACCGCGACCGACAAAAAUUAUUGACCCAGAACCUGCUCCUGGACCCGAAAUAAUAUAUUUGAGGCACGUGGAAAGGGCACGCCCAUACAUUCCUCCAGGCGAGGAAGACAGAGUUUAUCCGCCACCUCAGUUUAUAAUACCUCUUAAGAGUGUAACGCAGAUGGAAGGCGGAAAAAUUCAUUUCGAAACCAGAAUUGAACCUGUGGGCGAUCCUUCCAUGAAGAUUGAAUGGUUAAGGAACGGACAAAGUAUAGAAGCUAGUUCUAGGUUUACGUCAGUAUUUCGAUUUGGAUAUAUAUCUUUGGAUAUGCUCAGUCUUAACAUUCAAGAUAGUGGAGAAUAUACAUGCCGAGCAAUCAGUGCCACUGGUGUAGCUGAAACUAAAGCAAUGCUUCACGUUACGCCAAGGGCCACCAUUGAAAGAACAAGUCAACAUCCAGAAAGUUUACAAUACAUACAACAAUUGGAAGAUUACUCAAAAUACCAGCACCAAGAAUCUAUUGAAGAACAGAUUUCACAAAGGCCGCAGUUUAUUAGGCCCUUGCAAGAUCUUGGUGAGCUUCAAGAGGGAAGAAACGCUCACUUUGAAGCACAACUUACUCCAGUGAGUGAUCCUACUAUGAGAGUUGAAUGGUACAAAGAUGGCAAACCAAUCACAGCCAGCUCGCGAAUCACGUCAAUCUUCAACUUCGGUUACGUCUCCCUUAACAUCAUGCACCUACGGGCUGAAGAUGCAGGUUCGUAUACAGUGAGGGCUGUGAAUAAACUUGGCGAAGCCAUCAGUACAGCAACAAUCAGAGUAGCAGCAAGAAGUACCGUUACUGCAGAUCUCGGCAUUCCGGAGCAAAGAAGGUAUAUCGAAAAGACUGAACAGUUGGAAGCGUAUCAACAACAACAACAUCAGAAAUAUUAUCAGGAAGUACCAGAAAGCACCCAAAGACCAGAGUUCAAGACUCCAAUAAAAGAUCAAAUAAACGUGAAAGAAGGAGGAUUUGCACAUUUUGAAGCUCGUUUAGAACCUGUGGGUGAUUCUACAUUAAAAGUAGAAUGGUUAAAAGAUGGACGCCCCGUUGAAGCAAGUUCAAGAAUCACUACUUUCUUCAACUUCGGAUAUGUUGCGUUAACUAUUAAAUCAGUGACUAUACAUGACGCUGGUCACUAUACAUGUAGAGCGUAUAAUGCACUUGGGCAAGCGACUACAAAUGCUAAUCUGACCAUAAUAACAAAGAAAGAUAUAAUAGCAGAAUCUCAACAUCCUGGAGGUUUAGAAAAAAUUCAGUACUUGGAAGAUUCCAGCAAAUACUCAAGACGCACAGAAGAAGAAACACAAAUUAAACAGAAGCCUCGAUUUUUAGGCCCACUAAAAGGUACAAAUAAGAUAGUGGAAGGCCAGAGUGCUCACUUUGAAGCGAGAGUAGAACCUCAGAGCGAUUUGACCAUGACCGUGGAAUGGUAUUUUAAUGGAAAAUUAAUAAAAUCUGCUAAUAGAAUUCAAACUUACCAUGAUUUUGGAUAUGUUGCUUUAGACAUUGCAGGAGUUAGGUCCGAAGAUUCUGGAGUUUAUACUGUUGUAGCCCGUAAUGCUACCGGUGAAGCACAAUUGAGUGCAUCGAUGACUGUCGAAACCCGAUCGAGCAUCGAUACAUCAAGUAUUCAUCGCGGAUUGUAUGAAAAGACUAGACAGAUGGAAGAAUCAAAAUUCGUGGAGCCAACGUAUCAUAUUGAGGAAAUUUCUAAAUCGAAACCAGUCUUUAUUCAACCAUUGUCGGAUCCACAUCCGAUAUCUGAAGGUAAAAAUAUUCACUUGGAAUGCCGUUUAGAACCCAUGGGCGAUCCAACUAUGAGAGUUGAAUGGUUCCACAAUGGUAGAGCUGUAACUGUUGGAUCUCGCUUUAGGACAUAUUACGAUUUCGGUUUCGUAGCUUUGGAUAUUAUUCACGCUACAUCAGCCGAUUCCGGAGAAUACACAGUCAGAGCAGUAAAUCACUUGGGCUCUGCUCACACUUCCGCGAUGGUGCGUGUAAUAGAGAGAUCAGACGUACUUACAGAUACACAAAAUGAACAAGCAAUUGAGCAAAUUCAACAACUGGAGGAUUCAUCACGUAGAACUAAACAAACACAAGAAGAUAUAACUGUAAUGCAAGCUCCACACUUUUCCCGAGCGUUACAUAAUAUUGAAAUCAUUGAAGGUACUAAUGUUCAUUUAGAAUGCAGGUUGCAACCUGUAGGUGACCCAACUAUGAGAGUAGAGUGGUUCUGUAAUGGUAGGCCAAUUAAAACAGGACAUAGGUUUAGGCCAGCCUAUGAGUUUGACUACGUAGCUCUUGAUCUCUUAAGCGUGUACCCCGAAGAUUCAGGUGUGUACACUUGUCAAGCGACAAAUCAACUAGGCGAAGCAGUUACUUCUUGUGCUUUGCGUGUACUAGCUAAGAAAGAUUUAAUAUUUGAUUCUCAACAUCCCUCUGGGUUAGAAAAAAUUCAAUACCUGGAAGAUACUUCUCGUUAUAAAAAAUCAGAAGUGAUCGAUGAGACCUAUAAUAUCAAACCUCGUUUUGUUACAAAACCAAAGUCCAUUGAAAACGUCAAAGAAGGACAUCACGUCCACUUUGAAUGCAAACUUGAACCAGUAACAGAUCCUAAUUUGAAGGUUGAAUGGUUUAAGAAUGGCCAACCAGUAACCAUUGGUCACAGAUUUAGACCUAUACAUGAUUUUGGAUACGUGGCACUUGAUAUCAUCGACUUGAUUGCUGAAGAUUCAGGUGUUUAUACAUGCAGGGCAGUAAAUCUUGUAGGAAGCGAUGAAGUUAGUUGCAAAUUGACUUGCCGUAGUACUGCUGAUAUUAUCCGAGCUACUCAAAAUGAGUCUGGUCUGGAACAGAUACAAGUUCUGGAAGAUCGCUCGAAAUAUUCAAGAACUGAUUUCGUUGAUGAAGUUACCACUCAGGCGCCGAUAUUUACAACAUCUCUUAAGAAUGUUGAAAUAAAGGAAGGACAACGUGCUCAUUUUGAAUGUCGUCUUAUUCCUGUUUCUGAUUCAACAAUGAAGGUUGAGUGGUAUCAUAAUAACAAACCUCUGAAGAGUGGUUCAAGAUUUACAGAGACAAAUAACUUCGGUUUUGUAGCACUUGAUAUUAUGUCUUGCUUACCAGAAGACUCGGGAACAUAUAAAUGUCGAGCGAUUAAUGCUUUGGGCGAGGCCGUCACAUCUGGCACCGCAAUAGUGCAUUCCAAGAAAUCGAUUUAUUUAGAGUCACAGCAUGAAGGUGCUCUUCCUAGAUUAAAUCAAUUAGAAUCAUCUAGACAUCAAAAGUCUACUGUUCAAGAAGAAUUUACAACUCAAGCACCCGUUUUUACUACACCUAUGAGAGAUAUCAAGGUUGCAGAAAACCAGGCCGUACACUUUGAAGCUCGCCUUAUUCCUGUGGGUGAUCCUAAACUACGUGUUGAAUGGUUGAGGAAUGGUGUACCUAUAACAGCCUCUAAUCGCAUUACGACAAUGCACGAUUUUGGAUAUGUAGCGCUGAACAUGAAGUAUGUGAACCCAGAAGAUUCUGGUACAUAUACUUGUAGAGCUAUUAAUGACUUAGGUGAAGCUGUGACCUCAUCUACGCUCUUUGUACAAUCUAAAGCAUCGCUUCAACUAGAAACGCAACACGAGACUGCUUUGGAGAAAAUUCAACAAUUGGAAGAUUCUUCCCGUUACCAACGCAGGGAGGAUGUGGAAGUUGCAGUGAAUCAAGCGCCUCGAUUCGUUACUCAUUUGAAUGGACCAACAAAACUGAUCGAAGGUCAAAGUGCUCACUAUGAAUGCCGUAUUGAACCUUACCCAGAUCCUAACAUGCGAGUCGAAUGGUAUUUCAAUGGGAAGGUCUUACAAAGCGGUCAUCGCUACCGAACCGCUAAUGAUUUCGGAUUUGCGGCUCUUGAUAUCCUCACAGUGUAUGGAGAAGACUCUGGAGAAUACACCUGUAAAGUAAUUAACAAUUUAGGACAAGCAACAUCAUCAAUUAAAUUACACGUACAAUCUAAAGAAUCAAUUAUAAGAGACACGCAACAUGAAAGUGCGCUUGAAAAGAUUCAGUAUUUAGAAGAUGAGAGCAGAUAUAAGCGUGUCACCCACGAUGAAAGUUUCAUCGCAGAGAAGCCCCAGUUUGGUAAACCAAUUAAAAAUGCUGAAGUGCCAGAAGGUCAGCCAGUACAUUUAGAAGCUACUCUAACACCAGUUAAUGAUCCAACAAUGAGAGUUGAAUGGUUCUGUAAUGGAAAACCAAUUCAACAAGGACAUAGAUUUAAAACAACGUAUGACUUUGGAUAUGUGGCUUUGGAUAUUUUGUAUGCUUAUGCUGAAGACACUGGCACAUACAUGUGUAAGGCUACCAAUGCCGUGGGUGAAGCAGUUACAACAAGCUCUGUAAGAGUAAAUGCUAAGAAGUCGUUGUAUUUGGAUACUAUGGAUGAACAAAGACUUAAAAAGAUUCAAGAACUGGAAAAAUAUGAAAGACCAAAACCUGUAGAAGAAGAACAGCCUGGUCAAAGACCUGUAUUCUUAACAGCUUUGACAAGCCUCGAGAAUCUUAAAGAAGGUGAACGGGCUCAUUUCGAAUGCAGAGUGGAACCUAUCAAUGACCCUGAUCUCAAAAUUGAAUGGUUCCUCAAUGGACAAAAGAUUAAAACAGGUCAUAGAUUUAGAACAACACAUGACUUUGGUUAUGUUGCUUUGGAUAUAUUAUACACAUAUAGCGAAGAUUCUGGAACAUAUAUGUGUAAAGCAACAAAUAAACUUGGAGAAGCAGUUAAUACCUGCACGUUGAAGGUAGCAGGACACAGAAACAUCAUUUUGGACACUCAACAUCCUAACGGCUUGGAGAAAAUAAGGCAGCUCGAAGCUCAAGGGCAUCCUGCCAGAAUUGAAGUAGAAGAGCCUAAAAUUUCUCCACCUCGGUUUGUCACAGAGUUACGAGGAACAACUCAUGUUUAUGAAGGACAAACUGCUCAUUUCGAAUGUCAAGUUGAGCCAGUCCACGAUCCCAAUCUACGAAUUGAAUUUUAUCAUAAUGGGAAAGCCCUGCAAUCUGCUUCUAGAUUCCAUAUCACUUUUGAUUUUGGUUAUGUGUCACUGGAUAUUCAACACUGCGUACCAGAAGACGCCGGAGAGUACUCUGUCAAAGCUAUUAAUGCUUUGGGUCAGUGUACAUCCGCGAUAUCUAUGACUGUAACCGCAAAAGGUAGUAUCAUAUCGGAAUCUCAACGCCCUGAAGGAUUAGAAAAGAUUAAGGAAUUGGAGUCUGCAGAACCAUUCAGACGUCCUGAAAUACCUGAACCGGUAACUCGGCAGCGACCUGUGUUUACACAACCACUUCAGAACAUCGACAACAUACAAGAGGGACAAACCGCCCACUUCGACUGCAGACUUAUUCCUGUUGGUGAUCCAACACUCAAAGUUGAAUGGUUCCGUAAUGAAAAGCUUAUUGAGGAUAGCUCAAGAAUUACAAAGACUCAUGAUUUUGGUUAUGUUUCUAUGACCAUAACUCACGUGCGUGAUGAAGACGAAGGUGUCUACAUGUGCCGAGCAUCCAACUUACUUGGAGAAGCAGUUACAACUGCUGCUAUGAGGAUCAAAACUAAAGCAGCCAUUCAAAUGGAAACGCAGCACCCCGAAGGAAUGAAGAAAAUACAGAGGUUGGAAGAACCCCAAGCUAAGAAGCCUGAAGAACCGGAACGCGAAUUUGAAAAACCUAUAUUUACACAAGUACUUACUGGUCCUUCAGAACUUUGGGAAGGCCAACAUGCUCACUAUGAGGCCCGUGUUGUACCUGUAGGUGAUCCAAGCAUGCGAUUUGAAUGGUACAUUAAUGGAGUGGAACUUAAGAUGGGUUCAAGAUUCCGCACUACACACGACUUCGGCUUCGUUACAUUAGAUAUUAAUUCGGUGGUUGCUGAAGAUGCAGGCUUAUACAUGUGCAAAGCAAUUAAUAGAGCUGGUAGUACAGUGUCUUCAACGUCACUCAAGGUGAAGACAAAAUCUACAAUAGUUGAUCAGGCUAUGAGACCCGAAGCUUGGGAAAAGAUACAACUUAAGGAAGCAGCUAUGAAUAAAGUGCCUGAAAUGUUUAUUGAUACAGGCGUUCAACAGGCGCCUAUAUUCACUACUCAUUUGCAAAGUUAUGACAAACUGGUCGAAGGACAACAUGUUCAUUUAGAAGCUCAAGUAGAACCAAGAACUGAUCCGAAAUUGAGAAUUGAAUGGUUUAAGAAUGGUGUUUCUUUAACCACUGGAUCUAGACUAAAGAGCACAUUUGACUUUGGAUUGGUUACUCUUUCGAUCAAUUCUUUGAGGAUUGACGAUUCUGGUAUUUACACUUGUAAAGCCACUAAUCUCAUGGGUGAAGCAGUAUCAACAGCAUCUCUUAAAAUCGAAGACAGGCAUUGGUUGCUUGGCGAGUCACUUCAUCCAGAAUCAUUGGAUAGAAUCGGAGCAUUGGAACAACCUAAACCUGGUAAGCCGGAUUCACCAGAACCUGUGUAUGAAACUCCGGUAUUUAUAUCACAUUUGAAUAACAUCAUCUGUAAGGAGGGCGAUAACAUUCAUUUCGAAUGCAAUGUAGAACCUUCGAGAGACCCUACUCUUAAAAUAGAAUGGUUCUUUAACAACAAUCCCCUUCCAUCUGGAACGAGAUAUAAGAGCACUCAUGAUUUUAGCUACGUGGCUUUAGACAUAACACACACUUACGAAGAAGAUUCUGGAAUUUAUACGUGCAAAGCCACAAAUUCUAAAGGAUCAGCGACUACUUCAGGUUCCUUAAGAUGUACUGGUGAUAAACACAUUUACUUCGAUACUCAACAUCCUCAAGGCAAAGCAGGUCUGGAAGCGGUUGAGCAAGCUGAAGAAGCCAGGCUUGCUAAAGGUAGAAGAUCUUCGUUGCCUGAUACUGAAUAUCCUGCUCCAGAAUGGAUAGUUCCUAUAGCUCCUGAAAACAAUUUAGUAGAAGGCCAAGCCUUACAUUUCGAAGGGCAAGUUGAACCUAAAAACGAUCCUAACUUAAAAUUGGAGUGGUAUUUCAACGGUAAAGUCCUAGAGCAGGGUUCAAGAUUCAAACUUACUAAUGACUUUGGAUUUGUCACAUUAGACUUAAUUGACGUUUAUGAAAGGGACAGUGGUAUAUACACUUGUAAAGCUUACAACAAAAAGGGUGAGGCAUUCACUUCUUCUACUGUGUAUUGCACAAGCAAGGAAAAUCUCAUAUGGAAAACUCAGCAUCCUAAAGGCGCUGAGGGAUUGGAGAAGAUUCAAAAUCUAGAAGAUUCUCUCCGCAAAGAGCCAAGUGCCAAGCCAGAUGACGAUACUGGAAGACCCCCUGAAUUUACAACAGUCUUCCAAGACAUAAUGGAUAUUAGUGAAGGUCAAAUUGCGCAUUAUGAAGCAUCUCUCAUACCAACAGGAGAUCAAAGUAUGGUCAUUGAAUGGUUCUAUAAUGGAAAAUCUAUUGAAGCGAGUCAUCGAAUCCGCACUGUUUAUGCAUUUGGCAUGGUGGUUCUAGAAAUUCUCGGAACAAAAGAAUCGGAUUCCGGAACAUAUUCUUGUCGCGCAACCAACAAAUGGGGUCAAGCUGAAAUUAGUUGCAGGUUGGUUUGUAUUGAUAAAAGUAAAGGUCAAAAGCCCCGCUUUACAACACAUAUACAGAGCAUUGAUGGUCUUAAAGAUGGCCAAUCGGCUCAUUUCGAAUGCACCGUUGUACCGGUUGAUGACCCUGACAUGAAGAUAGAGUGGUACCACAACGGUCAGCCUUUGCGCCAUUCAACCAGAAUAAAAACAGUUUCAGAUUUCGGAUUUGUGGUUAUGGAUAUAGCAUAUACCCAAAAUCAUGAUACAGGUGAAUACGUUUGUCGAGCAUACAACAAAUACGGUGAAGACUUUACUAAAGCUACAAUCACUUGCUACGGCAAAGGAGGAGUUUACCUCGAUAGCUUGCAGCCUGAUUCACUGGCUAAGAUUAGAGAGCUAGAAAGUCUCCAAGGAGCACAACAACAAGCACCAGCACCAGCGUCUGCGGAGCCACCCAAGUUUAUCACACAAAUAGAAGACGUAACUAAAUUGGUUGAAGGCCAAAGCGCUCACUUCGAGGCGAGAUUAAUUCCUGUCGACGAUCCUGACCUGAAAGUCGAAUGGUACUACAAUGGCAAGAAGUUACCACACGGCCAUAGGUACAGAACUUUCCACGACUUCGGAAUUGUGAUCUUAGACAUUUUGUACUGCUACGAAGAAAAUUCCGGAGAAUAUGAAUGUAUUGCCACCAAUAAGCUGGGACGAGAUUCUACGAAAGCGACACUGAAAUGUACAUCAAAGGAGAAUUUGAUCUUGGACUCGCAACUACCGCGGGGCAUGGAAGGAGGAUUAGAAAAACUGCAAACAUUGGAGGAUUCAAUGAUACGUAAGAAAGAAACUACGGUUGACGAAGAAAGAGGCAAGGCGCCUGUCUUUACAGUACCACUGUCCAAUAUUGAAAACCUCAGAGAGGGAGAAAACGCUCAUUUCGAAGCACGUCUUACACCAACCGAUGAUCCCAAUUUGAAGGUGGAAUGGUUUUGGAAUGGUAAAUCUCUAAAAGCCGGCUCAAGGUUUAGAACAUUCUGUGACUUUGGUUUCGUCAUUCUUGAGAUAUCUCCUACUUAUCCCGAGGAUUCUGGUGAAUACUUAUGCAGGGCGGUCAACAAUUACGGCGAGGCUGUUACCACAGCUACUAUGAAAGUUCAAGGAAAGAGAAACAUUAUUCUCGAGUCACAACUACCGAAAGGAAUGGAAGGAACCAUUGACAAGAUUGCUGCUCUAGAAGGAUAUACUGGCACUGUUGACUCUUUAACACCGGAAGCGGAGAGCGGUAAUCCACCCGAAUUUAUUACUACACCGUCUGAUCUUAUUUUGUCGGAGAAUUCUUCCGCUCACUUUGAAUGCCGCUUAAUUCCUGUCAACGACUCCAGCAUGAGAGUAGAAUGGUUCCAUAAUGGAAAAGCCCUCUUAACAGGCUCAAGAGUUAAAACUAUUAACGAUUUUGGAUUCGUCAUAUUAGAAAUUGGUGGAGUUUAUCAACGUGACGCUGGACUCUACACCUGCAAAGCUACCAACAAACACGGAGAAGCCACCGUAUCCUGCAAACUUCAAGUGAAAGGUAGACAGGGCAUUAUACUUGAACCACAACUCCCAUCCCACUUUAAAUCGGGAACGGAGAGCAUUCAAAAAUUGGAAGAAACAUUAUACAAACGCGAAGAAAUCACUGUUGAGGAUGAAAAACCAAACCCGCCAAGGUUUACAGUUGAAAUUAAAGACAACCUCGAUGUUCCUGAAGGCGGGCCAAUACACUUCGAUUGCCGAGUCGAACCAGUGGGUGACCCGACAAUGAGGAUUGAUUGGUUCUACAAUGGUAAACCAUUUGCGACUGGCUCUAGAGUACAUAUGCUAAACGACUUUGGUUUCAUUGCUCUUGAUAUCGAUUACAUUUAUACUCGUGACGCAGGCGAGUAUACUUGCAGAGCUACCAACAAAUGGGGAUCAGCAACAACUACUGCUAAGAUAACAUGCAGUACAAAACGAGACAUUGUACUAGAAUCUCAAUUGCCACAAGGUAUGAGCGGCGAAAAGAUAAAGGAAUUGGAAAGAGGUCGUAUUAGUGACGUGCCUAAAGAAGAACCCGUUAUCAACUCACCACCAAGAUUCAUAACUCAAAUACAAUCUCAUACUGUUGAGGAAUCUGAGUCUAUCCGCUUUGAAUGCCGUGUGGAACCGAAGGAAGAUCCUAAGUUACGUAUCGAGUGGUAUAGGAAUGGAAAACUGUUGCCAUCUGGACAUAGAUUCCGCACUGUCUAUGACAUGGGCUUCGUAUCGCUUGACAUUUUGUAUGUGUACGCUGAGGACUCCGGCGAGUACGUUUGCCGUGCGGUCAACGACUUCGGCGAAGAUACAACGAAAGGAACUGUAUCAUGCAAAAGCUUACCUGACAUCAUCCUGCAGAAUCAAGUACCUAGGGGUAUGAAGAAGUCCGAAGCUCUAACUCAGAUGGAAGCAACAAUUAAAAAAUACACGUCUGAAGUGUUUUUGACGGAGGAUGAUCUUUACGAUGCCGAUAAGAAACAACCACCGCGUUUUGUCACUCAAAUUCAAAGUCAAACUACGUUGGUGGAAAUGGAAACAACUAAAUUUGAAUGUCAACUAGCACCAGUAGGAGAUCCUAAUAUGAAAGUUGAAUGGUUCUUCAACGGGAAACCGCUACUGCAUAAAAAUCGCUUUACUCCCAUCUACGAUUUUGGUUACGUUGCAAUGAACUUCGGUUGGGUAUACCCCGAGGACAGUGGAGAAUAUCUUUGCCGUGCCACUAAUUUGUAUGGUAUGGACGAAACUAGGGCUGUUAUUAAAACGGCUGGCAAACCUGGCAUUGUCUACGACUCACAAUUGCCCAAACACAUGAAGAGUAUUGAAAAGAUUCGGGAAAUGGAAGCAUCAUGGCAGAUAGCACCAGAACAGAAAGUUGAGGAGACUAAAGAGCGGUGUGCGCCUGUCUUCGUAAGUCGUCCUGAACCAGUGACUGUUGAAGAGGGCGAGUGGGCAAGAUUCUGCUGCCGCGUCACAGGCCAUCCUAAGCCACGGGUCAUGUGGUUGAUCAAUGGAAACACCAUUGUUAAUGGUUCGAGAUAUAAACUGACGUAUGAUGGAAUGUAUCACUUCGAUAUUCCUAAAACUAGACAAUACGAUACUGGCAAAGUAGAGGUUAUCGCUAGGAGCUCAGUCGGCGAAGCUGUGGCCACAACGGAACUAAAAGUGGUCCCGAGACACGAUGAUUAUAGAAGUGUUCUUAAAAAUGCGCCAAGACCUUGGUACGACGAAACGACACAAUAUCAGCGCACUGGUACUGAAUUAGAGAAAACAUUCGAAGAAAGGCAAACGAUGCAACGUCAAGGUGUUAUUGAUCAUAGACCUGAAUUGAAGCAGAAAAUCAUUAAGGAACCGGAAACUGAAUGGCAACAAACUGUUAAAAAGAAGAAGAGCGAAGAAUAUUACAACAAGCUUCAAGAACUGGAGAAUGAACAAGUCGUUAAAGAGAGCAGAAUGAGAGAGUCCUCUCAUCAAUACGCUGUUCCUGGGGAAAAGGUUACAAGCAGCUCUGUGGCAAGAUCAAUGGCCCAGAAAUAUGAAGAUAAUUUAGAGCAAACUGAAGAAGUAGUAGAGAAGCAAGUUCAAAAGAAAACCUUUAAGCCAAGAAUUCCAGAACCAUCGGAAUCUAGUGUUCACGGGAAGGAGGUGCACGUUGCCAAACAAAAGCAAAUACAAAAGGAAGUCAUCGGCGACACUGAAAUCACCCGUAAAAUUGUUUCAACAGAAACAACUGAAGUUGAACAUAAGGGACAGACUCACGAACGAGUCGUUGAAGGGCCAGUGAAGCCUUGCACUCCUCCCGUAUUUACUAGGAAGAUGCAACCAUGCCGUGCCUUCGAGCAUGAACAAGCAAGAUUUGAAGUUGAAUUUGACGGAGAUCCAUUACCUACAAUCAAAUGGUACAGAGAAAAUUUCCCGAUCAAAAAUUCUCCUGAUUUCCAAAUACACACCUUUAGUACAAAGUCUAUUCUGAUUAUUCGGCAAGUGUUUGUAGAAGAUUCUGCUGUGUUCGCGGCUGUUGCUGAAAACAGAGGCGGCACCGCUAAAUGUAGCGCUAAUUUGGUAGUUGAAGAACGUAGGCGCCAGACCAGGGGUGAAACCAUACCUCCUAGUUUCACCUUAACAGCUCAAAAUGUUAACGUCACUUCGGGCCAGUUGGUGCGAUUCGACACGAAAGUUACUGGAACUAAGCCAAUAGAUGUUUAUUGGCUAAAGAACGGCAAGAAAGUACAGUCAGAUAUUAAAAACAAGAUCCUAGAAGAAGAUGGAACAUACACACUUCUUAUUCUUGAAGCCUACCCUCAAGACUCCGGUAAAUACGAAUGCGUUGCAAUCAACAGCGCUGGAGAAGCAAGAUGCGACGCUGAGUGUCUGGUAACUGCACCUGCUACCAAAGAAAAACCUAAGCCGCAGACUAAAGUUGCCAAUUCACCUCCAGAAAUAAUUGAACCUCUGAAAGACAGAGUAGUAACUGAAGGACAAGCUAUUGAAUUCGUAUGUAAAAUAGUUGGAAAACCAAUUCCAACUGUGCAAUGGUACAAAGGUGACAAAUUGAUAAAGCCAUCGAAAUACUUCCAAAUGUCUAGAACAGCCGACGACUAUACCUUACUGAUUUCCGAAGCUUUCCCAGAAGAUGAAGGCGAUUAUAGAUGUGUUGCUUACAAUUCCGCUGGAAGAGUGACUGUUUCUGCUAAACUGAAGGUGAUUCAGCCUGAUCAAGCGGAUAAUCUGCCGACACUCACAUCGCUGCGUGACGUCACAGUUUAUGAAGGAGAACCAGCGCAAUUCAAAACGAACAUCACUAGCAAAAAUAAACCAACUAUUCAAUGGCUUCGGGAAGGUGCUCUCAUCCCCGAAAAUCCUGAUUUUGAAAUGAUUCACGAGGGCAACAAUGCUUACCUGGUCAUCUAUAACACUUACGAAGAAGAUACUGGCACGUUCACGUGUCGCGCUACCACUGCCGCCGGCCAAGUUGAGACUUCGGCAAAACUAGUCGUCAAAAAAACUCAAAAACGCAGAAGCAGUAAAACAAUGAAGUACAAAACGGAUGUCACUGACAAAUCAGAAGAAUCGACAAUUGUUACUAAUCAAUCUAUGUAUCAAACUACUGAAGAUAGCAAUAUCUUAAAAUUAGAUCACGUUCAAGAUGUAAAUAUGAGGAAAGUGCAAAAUAUUCCAUGGCGCCUUCAGACCACAGAAGAUGUAAAUAUAAUACAAAAAGAAUCUUUAGAAGUAAAACAUUGGAGAAAACCUCGUCAUGAAGAUACAAAAAAGCUUCAACAAUUUACUGAAGAAUCUUCAAGUGUUAUUUCUAAAAGUACUAUAGAAGUCGAUGAGGACGUAGUAAAAAAGGGCAUUCAAGAAACUAAGACACUGGAAACACGAUCAUGGCGAAAGCCGAGAUCUGAAAAGGAAGAAUCUAAGUCUAUUAAAACAACUAAAGAAAGUGAAUCUCUUACAGAACUAGAUGAAAAUAAAGAUACUGAAACGAGACACUGGAGAAGGCAAAAGCCGACUAAUGUCGAGUCUGUCCUCUUAGAAUCAGAAAAAACAAUCGAGGAAACCGUAACAUCACAAAAACAACAGAAACCAAAACCUGAAGCUAACAAAAGAGAUGAUGUAGUUCCAUGGACACAGGAGGCAAUUAAAUUAAAACCAACAAAAGUAGAAAAAGUCCCGUUAACUCGAGAAAAAAUUGCUGAUGUAUCCUUACGUCAAGUAAGGAAAGAUUCUAUACAAAAAGUAGAGACUGUUGUUAUUGAGGAAGCUUUAACAUCUGAAGAAAAUACUGUCGUUUUAAAAUUGCAUGAUUCGUCUGAGGUUCCUGUGGAAAAACCUUUAGUGGAAGUUGAUGACGAGCUUGUUGAAAAAGUAAAACCUAAAGAAGUCAGUUGGCGUACUGGAAAACAAAAACAAAAAGUCGAACAUGUAACAAAAGAGACCACGUCAAUCAUUGUUGAGGGUAAAUUAGAAGAUCAGGCACAAAGCCAAACACAUAUCACGCCUAAAAAUCUCCUGUCGAAACACGACACACCGGAAAGACCAGAUGCACCGUGGAGACGAGGUAAAAAACCAACUGAACAAGAAGAAGUUCCUGAAGAAGUUUCUGUCAUGCCGAUCGAAAAACCAAUGGAAGCUAAUAUACCUAAGUCUGAGCAAGAAGACCUUACAAAAACUCAGGAUAAUGCAAAUUUGGUAAAAGUUCCAUGGCGUACAAGUCAGAAAUUGCCCGAGGCGCAACAAAAUAAGGAAGAUAUUGCUCGGACUACUGCAAGAGAGGAAGAAGACAACAAGAAGAAGAAGCAGACAACAAGAAAACUGCAUAAACAAGUAGAAGAACAAGUUGAAGAAGUAAUUCUAAAACCAGUUAAAAAAACGGAAAGAACUGAGGAAGAAAAGCCCGAAGAAGUAAAACCUGUAAAGAUAGAGAAACAGAUGGAGGAUAACGUAAUCACAGAAUCCAAAUCACAAAAGAAGGUAACAAAACUGGAAAAACCAACAGAAGAAAAAGUUGAGAAGGUAGUUUUAAAGCCGGUAAGAAAACAACUUGCUCGAGAAGAGGAAAAGCCUGAAGAAGUGCAUCUAAAACCUGUGAAGAUAGAAAAACAGGUGGAGGAAAGUGUUAUUACAGAAACCAAAGAACAGAAGAAGGUAACAAAAAUCAGGAAACCAACAGAAGAAGAAGUUGAGCAAAUAAUUUUGAAGCCCGUUAAGAAACAAACAAUUCAAGAAGAAGAAAAGCCUGAAGAAGUCCACCUAAAACCUGUGAAGAUAGAAAAAGAGGUGGAGGAAAGUGUUAUUACAGAAACCAAAGAACAGAAGAAGGUAACAAAAGUGGAGAAACCAACAGAAGAAAAAGUUGAGAAGGUAGUUUUAAAGCCGGUAAGAAAACAACUCGCUCAAGAAGAGGAAAAGCCUGAAGAAGUGCAUUUAAAACCUGUAAAGAUAGAAAAACAGGUAGAGGAAAGUGUUAUUACAGAAACCAAAGAACAGAAGAAGGUAAAAAAAAUGGAGAAACCUACAGAAGAAAAAGUUGAGCAAGUAAUUUUGAAGCCGGUAAGAAAACAAAUUAUUCAAGAAGAGGAAAAGCCUGAAGAAGUGCAUCUAAAACCUGUAAAGGUAGAAAAACAGGUGGAGGAAAGUGUUAUUACAGAAACCAAAGAACAAAAGAAGGUAACAAAAGUGGAGAAACCAACAGAAGAAAAAGUUGAGAAGGUAGUUUUGAAGCCAGUAAGGAAACAAAUUACUCAAGUAGAGGAAAAGCCUGAAGAAGUGCAUCUAAAACCUGUGAAGAUAGAAAAAGAGGUGGAGGAAAGUGUUAUUACAGAAACCAAAGAACAGAAGAAGGUAACAAAAGUGGAGAAACCAACAGAAGAAAAAGUUGAGAAGGUAGUUUUAAAGCCGGUAAGAAAACAACUUGCUCAAGAAGAGGAAAAGCCUGAAGAAGUGCAUCUGAAACCUGUAAAGAUAGAAAAACAGGUGGAGGAAAGUGUUAUUACAGAAACCAAAGAACAGAAGAAGGUAACAAAAAUUAAGAAACCAACGGAAGAAGAAGUUGAGCAAGUAAUUUUGAAGCCCGUUAAGAAACAAUCAAUUCAAGAAGAAGAAAAGCCAGAUGUUGCAGAACAAAUGCCUGAGGAAAACAUUAAUAAGAAAUUGGAUAUCCCUAAGAAACCAAAGGAAAAGAAAAAAGUUGAAGAAGAGAAACCAGAGAAAAUUGAAAAAGAAGAAAAAGGACCAAUAAUAACUGGGUUUUUAAAAGCGCUAAGGAUCGAAAGCAGUCACGAUUUUGAUUUAUCUGUUACAUUUAAAGCUCCGGAACACAGUAUUGUGAAGUGGUUUCGUAAUGGUCACCAAUUAGAACACACCGAUGAAUGUGUAAUAGAGACAACGCACGAAACGUCAAGUUUGAAAAUAAAGAACGUAGAUAAAACAAAGGCCGGGAAAUAUGAGAUUGUUGUUGAAAGUGUUGAUGGUCAAAUUGCGAAAUCGGCUUGUUCAGUGAAGUUAAAGAAGCCUACGGAAGAGGAUGAUGAAAUUCAAGCACCUGUAUUUGUAAGAUAUUUGCAACCGCGGUCUAUAAAAUUAGGGGAUACACUCUUAUUGGAAACCGAGGUUAUUUCUUCUCCAAAUGCCUCCUUCCAGUGGUUCAUAGGCAACAUGGACAUAACAUCUCAUAUAAAAGAACAUAAACUAAAUAACGUUUGUCUUACAAACAGAGAAAACGUAUCAUGCCUAUGCGUGGAAAAUAUUACUGAAGAAUUUAUAGGAGUAUUGACAUGCAGAGCUGACAAUUUUGCUGGAUCUGUGUCUUGUUCUGCUAGUAUCGUAUUGGAAAGUGAAACGGAAAAAUCUACUGGAAUGGCUCCUCAUUUUACAAACCCUCUAAAACCAUUAGUCGUAAUGGAUGGAGAACCAAUAGUAUUAUCGUGCGAAGUUAUUGGUAAACCAUACCCAAAAAUAGUUUGGCAUCGAAAUGGAGAAGUAAUACAACAUGAAAAGGAUAUAUCAAUAGCUAGACAAGAACACGGAAUGUGCGAAUUAUGUAUUAAAGAAGCUUUUCCAGAAAUGUCUGGAACUUAUAUCUGUGAAGCAAUAAAUAGUUAUGGAACAUGUAGCAGUGAAUGCGUUGUUAUUGUAGAAGCUUACGAAUAUGUACCCAGCGCAUCUGAAGAAGACGUUCUAAGCGACGAGAAAACGAGUGACAUUGAAGAAUUCGCGCCACAAAUUGUAAAAGCCUUACCCACGGUUGUAUCUACCACUGAAGGAGAAUUUACUAGAUUGGAAGCUAAGGCUAUCGGAAUGCCUAAACCGAUUAUUAGAUGGAUGAAAAAGGGUGCGGAAAUUAAACAUUCUCAAGAAUAUCAAAUAGAGGAAUUAGAUGAUGGAACAUCAAUUUUGACGAUAUCAGAAACAGUUCAAAAUGACACUGGCGAUAUUACGUUCGAAGCACACAACCCAUUAGGUGUUACAACAACAGUCGUCGCCUUAUCCGUUGAAAAUAUUAUUGAUACAAAAGACUACAGAAAACCUGAAUGGGUAAAACAUAAAGAAGAAUUGAAAUCUUCUGUAAAGGAUACUCAGCGACAAAUUUUGAAAAUAGACGAAAUUCAUUCGGACAAGUCGACUACCGAAGAAUCUAAAGAACGAGUGGAACAAAUUGAAGAAACAGAAAAAACUGCAAUGGGCAAAGUGCAAAAAUCUAAAGUUACGAAAAAAAGUAAAUUUGAGAAGACUGAUAUUAGAAAGUCCGACAUGCAAGAAGUUGUUAAAGAAGAAUUUCAAAAACAUGAUGAAUUACACAAGGACUAUUUGAUACAAACACAACAAGAAGAGGUUGAAACGGUUCGACCCUUAGAAAGCACUGAAUUUAACAAGCAUUAUGGGGUAACAAAGUUAGAAGAAAAUUCUCGCAUGGUUGCGGAAAUCAAUGAGUUGCUCGAGGUGAUAAAUGCUAAAGAAUUUGGACCCGGAGAAUCUCCUUUGAGAGAAUUGGCUAAAAUAGGAUACAUGCUAAGAAGUGGAUUAACAAUUGAAGAGAUUGAAAGUUUAUAUGAUUCUCAAUUCUUCCCUGCUUUGCGAGUCCCUCAGUCGCAAUCAGCUUUGGUUAAGCUGGUUGAGCGUCAAGGCCAUAGCGCGCUAAUUACUGAAGUGCUUACUGAAGAGACUACUCAAGAUGAACAUGCAAUUGCUGCAAAAGUUGGAUUUAGAGCAUUCUUAAAAAUGGUUGAAAUGAAGCAUACCUCAGUUGAAGAGGUUAUUGCUCACUUUUAUCCCGAAGAUUUCCAGCCGCGUUCCUGGGAACAAAAGGAAGCACAUGAGGCUGUGGAGGAGGCAAAUGUUAAAAAUGUUGCAGAGACGAAAACCAUAAGUAUUAAACAAGAUAAAACUAUUAUUAGGAAAGAUAUUACCAAAGAUGUCAAAGAAAAAGAACAUGGCAAACGCAAAAAACACAUACAGACAAGUAGUCUUACUCACGAAGAAGAUAUUAAAGAAGUAAGGAAAGAACUUCAGAAAAUGCAUCCAACAGAAAAAAUUGACCACUGUGACGUUGAAGAGUCGGACAUUUUUGAAGUAGACAAAAUACCUUUAAUUUCAACUGUUCCAACUGAAAUAUCUGAACACAAAAUCGAAAUCAUACCCGCUAGCGAAGCUGCUCAUAUUACCACUAGCAAACAAGAUAACUUCAUAGCCAGGAUUAAGUUAGAUACAAAUUAUCCUCUCAUUAGCAACAGUGAGCAAGUUGAAGAAAAAGAAGAAAAUUUCGAGACUAGGACUACGCAGAAGAGUUUAGCCGAAACUCAGUUUACCGAAGCAGAUUCCCUGCAGGUAACUGAGAUAGAAGUGGGGAAUUCGGUGGCAGAUUGUUUGAUAAGUAAACAAAAACGUGAAACAAAAGCUAGUGAAGGACUAGUUACAGAGGAAGGAUACAUCACAACUGAGGUUAUUGAGGAAGUAUCUUCGACAAAUGAAAUAGAAAAAAUUAUUGAUCACAAGGAAAAUGCAAAACCAACAUUGCUUCUACAAGAUGCUCUUAACAUUUCGCAGGACGUCAGUUCAGUAAAAGAAGGUACAAUAAAAAGUCUGCCACUUACAAAAACGUAUGCUUCAAUAGGAAUUACCCCCUUAAGUGAAGUUAGUGUAACGGAAGUUAAGGAAGAGAGUGCAGAACAAAAGCUAGAAAAUCAAAACUUAGAAAAACCAAUACAUGGCAAGAUUGAUUUCAACUUACUGGAGUCAAUUGAAGUCGGAGAAGUUUUUAUUGAAGAUAAAUCAGGAAAAUAUUAUCCUGAGCUGAUUGUUCCGACUGAAACUGCACGAAAAGAUAUUCUUGUUUCGAAUCAAAUAUUUACAGAAUUUCACGACGUGCAAGAGAAAGAAGGACUACUAAACGCAUUAAAGUUACCUCCAACUCAGGAGGCUAAUUUAGAUGUAAUGGUAAAAGACAGUGUUGUCGUAUCUAUUAAUGAAUUACACGAAAAAGAGGAAGAAUUAAUAGUUCCUCAAAAACCAACAAUGGCAAUUGUAGAUAAAGAUUUGGAAUUACAAACUAGCUUAGAAAAUUAUCAAGUUACUCCUCAUGUUAAAGAAUCUACAUUUUCAGCUGAAUCAAUACCGAUUAAAAACGCAAUUGUUGGAUUUAAUGAACAUCAACAUAAGUUUAACUUCGAAACAAAUAUUAUUGAUUCAGAACUUUGUUUAGAGACAACUAAAUCAUUAACGUCGCAAACAACAGCAAAUGUUUCAAUAUCUGCUUUAGAUAACAAAAUUGUUGAGGAAAUUUAUGUAAGUGAAAAAGAGAAAGAGUUUUCAACUAAACUAGACAAACCGACGGCUGUAGCAAAAAUUGGAGUAAAAACAAUAGAGCCAAUAAUAACAUCAGAAACAUUAGACAAUUUAACUGUCAGAGAAUUUUUACCGGAGGAGAUAGGCGAUAAAUCUGCAGUAGAAACAAUAUUGACACAAAAUGCUAAAGAGGUAUCCAUGCCUUUAGUACAUGAACAUGAGACCCCUGAAGAUUGCAGAAUGGAAAAGCCUAGAGAACUAAGUACUGCAGUCAUUCCUAACUUGCCCCUUUCAGUUACCGAAACCUCUGCUGUUGAAAAGGAAAGCAGUUUAGAUACAAAUGCUAUCCCGAGCACUAAUUAUGCUAAAACCUCAACUUCGUAUCCAUUACAAACGCCCAUUUCCGAAGAAGUUACUACUGCUGAUCAGAUUGGUAUAAUUACGAGCGAAAAAAAUGUUGUAGAAGAAAUUUCAGGACAACAUAGUUUACUUAAAGAAAUCACAACGUUCCAAACGAUUGCACAAGAACAAGUGCAAUUAUUGAAAGAAAAGGAAUUAUGCCAGAAGACUGCAAACUUGAACUUUACAAGUAAAGAAGGUUUAAAUGUAAUUGAAACACAUUCUUCUCAGAGGGAGGAAUAUUUUGAACCAAAAGUUCCAACAAGGACUGAAGUAGCUGAAAUUGAUAUUGACUUUAUCCACAAAGUUGCUUUGAUUUCAGAAGUUAAUACAAAAGAUGCGUUAAAUAAACUACCCGACGAGAAAUUUAACUAUAAAGAGGCACAAAUCACACAGAAUUCUUUUAUACAGCUACAAGUUUCCGAAAAUAACGUUUUAGAAACACAAGAACCUUUUGUAGAAAAUUAUAUGCCUGAACAUAAAUUCCCUGACGAAGGAGUAAUAGCUCCACAACAUUCUUUAACUAUAUCUGAAACAUUACAACAUGAAAAAGAAGGAAUUUAUCAAGAGAGUGAGGUAAGAGAAAGCUUUACUGCAGCUCCUAGUAUUUCAAGUCUGCCCGUUGCCGUAUCAUCAGAACUUAUUUCUGAAAAUACGGUUGAGUUUACCAAGCAAGCGCCUAAAGGCGAUAAGCCUAAACAUGCUACUAUCAGCAAUGUGAAUUUUAAGGAAGUUAUUGUGAGUACAACUGAUUGCAAUGAAAUGGAGGGGGCUUUAAUGACAUCAAAACCGAAAUCUUAUGAAGCUUCUCUUAAUUUCGAUACAAGCGAUGCUUUAGUAAUAGAAGAAUUAAGUCCCGAAACAAAAACUACUGAUCUAGAAAAUCAAAUAGAUCAGGUUUUAGCUAAAGCUAAAGGAGAGACAGUUCCGAUUCAAACUGCUACGCAACAUGAGACAUUUGUCCAUAGUCUUGAAGGAGUAUUAGAAAAAGAACAUGUUUCAGCAAAGCAGCCUACUGUUUCCAUGACAGCACUUUCAGUUCCGGAAUGCGAUAUAAAUGUAUUGGUUGACACUGAAAAUAAUUUAACGAAGACUAUUACACCUGAUAAACAAAGUGCAAAUGUUUCUAUACUAGAAACACACGGUAUUCAAACAACUGAAACGUUAUCACACUCAGAUAAUCUAAAGAAAACAGAUGAUUUUGAAAUUACGUACAAAAAAGCUUUACCUAAUGUAGAAGUUUAUGGAAAAGCUGCAAAUGUAGAAGAAACUGUUGUUAGUCAUGGAACAGAUGCGCUGAUAGAACCAAAGCGUAGCGCUGAAGCUCCCAAUGUUGUAGCAGUGCCGUUAAAUGUGUUAAAACAAACAGAUGUCAUAUCUGCAGAAAAAGAAAUUUCAUUUAAAGGAAAAGAGACCUUACAAUCAAACGCUACACUUGACUUUACACAAUCACAAGCUAUCGAAACGAGUAUAAUUGAAACAAGUGACAAAGAAAAAGAAUUAGAUAUUUCUACUUUAGAAACAAAACCUUACUCAGUUAAUUUUGUAACUCCUUUACAAGGAGCUAUCUACACGGAAAUUUUGACUUCUGGAAAUGUUGAUUGCUUAAAAGACACAAAGCCAGAUUUAAAGAAAGCUAUGUUAACAAUUGAUGGCGACCUACAGCAAGUAGAAAGCGUCCAAGUUAUUUGCAACGAUAAAGAAGGAGAAUUAUUACACAAGGAAAGAGAUGUAAAACUACACGCAACCGAAAUGCUAGUAGAAUCUCAGGCAAAAGAAAUUUCAGAAAUACAAACUGUAGAAAAAGAAAAGGAAUUUAGAAACGAUUUUAAAACGCAUACUAGUACUGCUGACUAUUCGAUAAAGAAAGAGAAACAUCUAGAAAGUUCUGAAGUACUAACGAAUCAAGAAAGUUCAGAUUUGGAAGUGCAAAAAAUGAAAUUCGAAAACGCUUACCCAUCAUAUGAAAGUCAUGAAGUUACCCAAAAAACAGAACAAAUUUUGGUAGAAAAGGAAGAACAGAGACAAGAGGAAGUAACUAACUUAAUCAAAAGUAAAAGUUCCGUGGAGGGCAAAAUUUCAAUAAAUGUCACUGAAGUAAUCGCUUCAGAAAACAUGUUACCUUUGUCUAUAAUAACAUCUAUUGAUUCAAAAAGUAUCCAACCUACAAAUAACGUUUCAGUCCAGCCAUGUGUAAACAUUAGUGAAACGGUAGUUAGUGAAAAAGAAGAACUACUGCCAUUCAAAGAUCAUAAUACAAAACAAGCGCAGAUAGUUCUUACCCAAAAUGAUUACAUAAAUGUUACAGAUUUUGUUCCAGUGGAAUCAGAACAAAACUUGAAAGUGGAGGGAACUCCUAAACCAUUAUUGACAGAUAAAGCCGAAUUAGAAACUAACAAACAUCUCAAUGUUGAAAUCUCGUUUUCAUCUGAAUCAGAGAAUGUUUUAGAAUCUAAGGAUAUCAAUAAAAAAGAAAGGGGCGAAAUAAACUUUGAGUCUUUGAAACCGCUCAUCGUUGACGAAAUCAAAGCUGAAGAAACUGAACAAGAAUUUAAUACCAAUGUAAAAACAAAAGAAAAGCCUUCGGUGAAUCUAGAAUUAAGCGAUUCUGUUAAUGUAGUAGAGGUAUUGGCACUAGAAAAGGGAACGAAAUUUAACAACAGAGUUAAAGAAACAUUUACUAACGCUUCUUGUAAUAUUGAACAAAGUAACAAAUACGUAACAGUGACAGAAAUAGAUACUAAUGAGAAAGAAUAUGCAAACGACCACACUUACAUUGAUCAGCCUAAAGAAUUCAAGGAAAUGUUUGAAACACAUUCGUCUGUUUUAAUAGAAGAAGUAAUACCAAAGGAAUCUGAAGAGAAUUUAACUAACAAUAAAAUGCUAAAAAAAGAGAAAGUUACCAUAGAUUUGGAUUCCCAACACCAUAUUACGAUAAUGGAUGUUGAUACGAGGGAAAAAGAAGGAAAUCUCGAAUUCGAAAGCAAUAAGAUUUGCGAUCAACAAAGGGUGAAUAUUUCGGCUAUGGACCAUGUAAUUACAGGGGAAACCACAACAUUAGAAAGUGAAUUAGCAAUUACUGAACAACCUAAAAAGCGAUACGAAAAUGCACAAAAACUGCAACUUAUGUCUGAAAGCCUAAACAGUGAGCUUACGCAAGUAUUGGACAAUGUCGACAAAAUUGAUAUUUACAACAAGCCAGAAGAGGUAACGCCCAAGUCAAGUUAUAAGGAAAUGCAACAUAUACAAUUGCUUGAACUAGUUACAGAAGAAACUCCUACUUCAUUACUUACAAGUGGUCCUACAAGUGAACAUGCGUCUUCUAUAUUAGCUCCAUUACAAGAAGUAGUUCAUAUUUCCCCACAGUCCAUCGAAAAUGUGGAAAAUCUGUGUGAACAAGUUCAGGAUGAAAAGAAAGUAGAAAUUGAAUAUGAGCUUAAUAAAAGUUACAUUACAUUAGAAAGUACAACGGUGGAAGCCUCCGAUAAUAUUAUUAUCCAAGGUUCUGAACCUAAAACUGCAGAACAACAACUUCUGGAAAUGACAUCAAUUCAGGGAAUUGAAAUAACGUCAAGUGAAAAUGUUGCUCAAUUAGGUAAAUUACAAAAAGAGCAAAAGCAAAUAGCGGAAGAGAAACGAAUUGUUUCGCAUGAAGUUUCUAAAUGUGACCACAAUAUUUUAGACAGUGUCGAGGCGAUACGUGAUUUAACUGUUACAACAUGCGAUAACGCUACAAUUGAUGUAGAAUCUUACAAAAGUUAUCAGGUUUCAGAAAACACGACACACGAACAACUUCAAAAUAUUAACACCCAGUACGACAUAGUAACAAAACAGCCAGAAGAAAAAAUUUCUGAAUUAAAGCCGGUGGAAUUAACAGAGAUAAUUUUAGGAGAAGUUGAAAAUACUUUAAUGCCCAGCACUGGUAUUACAGGAAAAAAUAAUAUAUAUGCAGAUGUAAUUGAUUUAGAACCAAUAAGUCAAACGGAUGUUUUAGUUUAUGAAAGUGUAAAAAAUGAUAAGUUAGACCUUUCAAUGAAAGCUCAAACUGCUACAUGCUCACUAAAUCAAAACGAAGGAAUCAAUAUAUACGAAGUUGUAGAAGCUGAUGCACACGAAAAAUUGAUUUCCGACGUGACUAAAUCUGUAACAGCUGAAAAGAAUGUAAUGCCAUUGACGCAUAUACAAUGCAAUGAAAAUAUUUUCGAAUUGCAGGUUGAUGAAUUAGUCACACCACAGGUACAGCCAAAAAUCACUAAUGUUAAAACUACAAAUAUCUUACCCUUAUUAGUAAGUGAUAAUACAAGCAUCCAAGGUGAAACACCGUUUACUGUUAAAACUCCUGAUAAACAAAAAGUGAAAGAAACAUACAACUUUUACAAUGAAAUUGAAGUGUUAGAUAAAAGUAGGCCUGAAGAAACAAGUCCUUACAAUGGAGAAUACCCACAAGCACUCAAAACAAAUUUCACUACUAUUGACGACGAUCACCAUAACAUAAUGAUUACACAACAAGAUGUGUUUUUAGAGGAAAUAUCCUUUGUUAACAAAGAUUCACCAAGAUCUUCAGACAUAGAAGAAAGGGAAGAGAUAGUAACUAAAUUCAUUCAGGCACCUGAUAAUGGAGAACCAAGACAAAUAAAAACAAAAAGAACCAUAUUACGGAAGCGAAAAACUGAAGGCGGAAAAGUUGAUGAAGCAAAUAUUGUAAUAGAAGAAAGACUAGAUGACGACGAAAGGCAAGAAUCAAAACAGGAAGUCAAUCAUAGCGUAAAAAUCGAAGAGUAUGAAGGAGAUGAAUCAUUAGUAACAGAUACUGAUAAAAGUACAAUUGAAAUGCCUGAAGAAUACUUCCAAAUUCCAAAGUUAAGGUCUCAAGUACAAAUUGAAGAGAUUCAAGUUGAAAGUGACUCAGACAACUCAAUUAAAAAAGAAACCAAAAAUACAUAUCAGAUAAAACAUAAGAAUAACAAAAAAAUAAGGCACACAAAAAUAAUAUCUGAAGAUGAUUUAAAACAAAUGAACACGCAGAUUAAAUCAAAAGCAACUGAAUUGAUCGAAGAAGAACCCGAAGAAGUAAAAAUUGAACAAGUGAAGACGGAAAGUGGUGAAAAGCAGAAGAUCAAAACCAUCAAGCGAGUGAUCAAAAAGCGCACAGGAUUGAAGAAAGAGGUAACAGAAAUAUCAACGAUCGAGAAAGAAGGUGAAGAACCCGUCACAAGUGUUGUCG